CGUGCUUGUAACAGGUGUACCCAAGAAAACAGGUAACCGCUCCUACUUUUGAGAAGCCAGAAUAUGGUGUGCUUGUGUCAAAGAAACAGAACAUCAUUUGUGCAUUUCACUAGGAAUCAAUGACUUUUCCAAAAUGCAAAGAAAGGAAUAGGCAGCACCUUUCACAUUGAGAGAGAACAACUUUCCAAAGGAUUUGUUGGAAUAAGAAAAGCCAACAACAACAAGCCAGACAUGGUCGAAUCAUAAAUGUAGGCUAAAUCUGAGGAUCUAUACUACUUUUAGCCUAGACGUUUUUUUUUUACAUUCCUGUCUUGGAUUUGACACUGGAUGAAAGAAAGUUCACUGUCUGGGAUAAGAUCAUAAACGGUUAAGUUAAGUGGAAAUUGGACCAAUGUCACAACAAAUUCCAGCAUCAGAAUAGACCACAAACCUCUGUCUCCAGAUCUAUCAAGGCGGGUGGACCAUUCCACCGAACCGGGGAGAAUGACACCACUGCUAUGGAUCCUUUGUAGUUUCAUCGCUGUGGUGCAGGGGGACUUUGUGGAGCCCUCUCCCCCGUACUCCUUCGACUCCCUGGCUGAGGCUGACACCCGGCUGCCCUGCCAGUUCAAGGUGGAAGUGGGCCAGGUGGUGGUUCAGGUCACCUGGACCAAGGAGAAAGCAGAUGGCACCAAGGACCAGAUCAUCACAGUACACCACACCGACGGACACACAGAGUUUGGUCAGUACUCAGGGCGUGUGCGGUUCAGCAGCAGGAAACCCACCGUGGACUCAUCCCUGAUCAUCAUGAACACCGUUGAGUCAGAUGAGGGCAGGUACAACUGUCACAUCAGCACCUUCCCCUCGGGGAACUUCGAACGACAGCUGUCACUCACCGUGUGGACCACGCCCAUCUCCUCCCUGGACCCUGUGAUCCUUGUCGAAGGCCAGUCCUUCCAAUUGGCUGCAUCCUGCCGCUCUGUGGCCCGCCCUCCGCCCCACCUCUCCUGGGACACAGAACUACCAGGCCAAUCACACAACAGGAGUUUGGAGGGUGGUUCAGUCUCCACCCACUUCUCUCUGCAUCCCCUGAGGAGUAUGGAUGGGAAGAGGCUGGACUGUCUGGUGAAGCACCCGGCUCUGAAGGGACCACGCAGGAUCACCAACAACCUGGUGGUGCACUAUCCUCCCAAUGCAGAGAUCUCUGGUUUUGAUCAGAACUGGUAUGCUGGUCUGGAGGAAGCUGCCCUCAGUUGUGUCAGUGGAGGAAACCCCAAACCACAGAGUUUCAAUUGGACCAGAAAGGGCGGAGACUUACCAGAGGGCGUGACCACAGGGAAUGGAUCCUUGCUGUUUAAUCGGCCCCUCGUCCUGACGGAUGCUGGCAUCUACCAAUGUGUGGCCAUGAACUCUGUGGGGGCGGAUAACGCAGAGGUGGAGAUCACUGUGACAGAGUUGCCUCAGAAGCAGGCGUCGUUCGACAGUCUCCUGAUGGUAAUAGUGGGAGGAGUGGCCGGAGUACUGCUUCUAGUCAUGAUCAUCAUAGUCAUCUCUGUGACCCGUCACCACAAACGCAAGAACAAGAAACUGUCGAGGGAACUCACUGUGAAGAAGGAGGAGAUCAGUACUCUCUCCAGACAGGCAUCUUUCAGGAAAAUGAACUCAGUCAGUAUGGACACUAGAGGACAGACAGAGGAGGAUAUCCCUCUCAGAGUGGAGGGGACACUGCGGACCAGUCUGUCCUCCGUAGUGGAGCAAGGGCGCAUUAGGGAGAGUCGAUCUACUCUGGUAGGGAGCGGGGGGCUAGACUACCUGGGUCGACCUGUUCUGUACAAUUCUUCACGAAGAGGGAGGGAGAGCAGAGCCAUGGACAGAGAGGAGGAGAACAGACUUAGGGUGGAGUCAAAUGAGCAGAACAGCACCAUGUCUUUGUCAAACCAUCUCCACCCCCCUCUCCAACCCUCUCCCUUCCCCAUGGAACAGUCCGUCGAGCUGCUGAGGUCCCUGACCGGCAGUGCCAUCAUCCCAAUGGAGUGGGGUUUACAUAUACGACAGGGGCCCGGUAGCAGGAACACCCACUCCCCUCUCAGUUGCAACAAUCCUCCCAUCACAGACGACGAAGAUGAGGAUGAAGGUGUGGAGGGGGAGUGGGAAACGUGCCCCAGGGUGAGUCCGUUGGAUCAGGGGAGGUCAGAAGACCAGGACAGCAAGACCAACAGUUCUCAGAUCUCAGAAGUAGAAUGUGGACUCAACCCUCACUUCCAGCAGAACAAUGGAACAUUGAGACCCAAACCGCUCCCCAAAUACCAGCCCAAUGGCAUCCUCCUCACCUCAUCACCACACGCCUCCUUCAUCCACAAGGCCCAGAUUGUAUAGGGCGGUGGUGCUGGCUAAGGGCCCGAUGACAUAUUAUACGAUGAGGCACACUUUGCUACACAACACCACUCUAACAGUGCUUUGUAUGUGAUUGGUUGUGACUGUUUGGGAUACAAGGUCGUUGGUGGCAUACCUCGGUGGCAGCCAGUUUACCUACUUUUCACUUCUGAAAUAUACCUCCACCUUCGCCUCAAGCGCUCAGACAUUUAUGAUCAGCAAGUAAAGCUUCUUUCAAGAAAGACUCCUUGGCGUAGAGAUACAAAUAAGUAACACAUACAUAUCACAGGGGAGAAGCUGGACACGUGUGAGGUCAAAUUAAAAGCACAUGAAUGUCAGGUUGGACAUAGACAGACAAAAGUAGUCUUUGUAUCACAGCAAUAAUAAUCCCUCCAGGCCCAGGAAGCAUCAAACUGAGAGGAACUAAAAGACUGCCGUGCUUUAUUAUUGUAAAGCUUUUUUGCUACAACGACUUGGUGACAGGACUAAGGUGCAAGAUUAGAAUAUCAACUACGCACCAAUAGAGCCUGCCUAGUGGAAUCCAUGUUGGCGAACUUCCACCCUCCUUCCUUCUAGAUGAGGAUACAUCCCGUAGUGUUCUGUUCACCCUAAGACGGAGUCCAUCUUUUUGACUUGACGUGUGGCAGGAGUUUAUCUGGAGAAUACCCCUCCUUGCCAUGAAACGUGGGUGUGCACAAACUUUGAACUCGCUGUAGUCUAAGAUGUCAAAAGCUGAAGACUGCAUUUUAGACAAGAGGUUCAAAAAAAGCAUCUGACACCUGAGCACAGUGAGAGCCUAUGUGUAAAUGUACUAGAAGUGGGAAAAAGUAUUGUUCUUCUAUUUUCUUACGCCACAGACAAGAUAACUGCAAUAUGCCUUUGUUUGUAUGAAUACAGUAAAAAUAGCCUUUGCUUUGUAGGCCAAAAUAGUAUUAUGUUUGAAUCUACUGUAUUAUAAUGACUUGAGUGCGGCCAAAAUGACACUUUAUUCCCUACAUAAUGCACUACUUUUGACCAGAGCCCUAUGAGCCCUGGGCAAAAGUAGUGCACUAGAUAGGGAAUAGGAUGUAAUUUCAUGCUGUACAUAAGUGUUUCUUUCAUGCCAUGUUCCUGGGAAAAUCUUACUGUAUUUCACACGUUUGUACACAUUUACUUGUAAUUCAGUGGAGGCUGGAGGGAGGAGCUAUAGGAGGAUGGGUUCAUUGUAAUGGCUGGAAUGGUAUAGAUGGAACGGAGUCAAACAUGUGGUUUCCAUAUGUGCGAUGUGUUUCAUACCGUUCCAUCAUUCCUUUUCAGCCAUUACAAUGAGCCAGUCCUCCUAUAGCUCCUCCCAUCAGCCUCCACUGCUGUAAUUGUAUUUUAUGCACAGGCUUCCAUGUAUGAAACGUUGGACUCACACACACAUUCUUCUUUAGGAGAGCAGUGGUAUCAUUCCGUGGUUUUUAACUCUUUUCCUUUGUAUAAUACUGUAACGCUAUCUCUAAGUGAAUGUAUUACCUACAUGCACUGAGUGUACAAAACAUUAUGAACACCUGCUCUUUCCAUGACAUAGACUGACAAGGUGAAUCCAGGUGAAAGCUGUGAUCCCUUAUUGAUGUCACUUGUUAAUCCACUUCAAUCAUUGUAGAUGAAGGGGAGGAGACAGGUUAAAGAAGUAUUUUUAAGCCUUGAGACAAUUGAGACAUGGAUUGUGUUUAUGUGCCAUUCAGAGGGUGAAUGGACAAGACAAAAGAUUUAAGUGCCUUUAAACUGGGUAUGGUAGUAGGUGCCAAUGCGUACCGGUUUGUGUUAAGAACUGCAAUGCGGCUGGGUUUUUCACGCUCAACAGUUUUCAAUGUAAGUAGUCCGGGUGGCCAUUUAAUUAACUGUUCAGAAGUCUUAUGGAUUGGGGGUAGAAGCUGUUAAAGAGCCUUUUUGUCCUAGACUUGGCGUUCUGGUACCACUUGCCGUGCGGUAGCAGAGAGAACAGUCUAUGAUUUGGGUGACUGGAGUCUUUGACAAUUUUUGGGCCUUAUUUAUGUACUGGACCGUACGCACUACCCUCUGUAGCGCCUUACGGUCAGAUGCCAAGCAGUUGCCAUACCAGUUGGUGAUGCAACCGGUCAGGAUGCAACCGGUCACUUUUCGAGGAUCUGGGGACCAAUGACAAAUCUUUUCAGUCUCCUGAGGGAGAAAAGGUGCCGUCGUGCUCCACUUCACAACUGUCUUGGUGUGUUUGGACCAUGAUAGCCUUUCAAAGCACCUCAUGGCUACGGACGUGAGUGCUACGGGUCCGUAGUCAUUUAGGCAAGUUGCCUUCGUGUUCUUGGGCACAGGGACUAUGGUGGUCUGCUUGAAACAUGUUGAUAUUACAGACUCAAUCAGAGACAUGUUGAAAAUGUCAGUGAAGACACCUGCCAGUUGGUCAGCACAUGCACGGAGCACACGUCAUGGUAAACCGUCUGGCCCCGCAGCCUUGUGUAUGUUGACCUGUCUAAAGGUCUUAUUCACGUCGGCUACGGAGAGUGUGAUCACACAGUCGUCCGGAACAGCUGAUGCUCUCAUGCAUGCCUCAGUGUUGCUUGCCUCGAAGCAAGCAUAGAAGUGAUUUAGCUCGUCUGGUAGGCUUGUGUCACUGGGCAGCUCGUGACUGUGCUUCCCUUUGUAGUCUGUAAUAGUUUGCAAGCCCUGCCACAUAAGAAGAGUGUCAGAGUUUUGAGGGAGCCUGCAAUUUGCAUGCUAACUGCAGGAAUGUUCACCAGAGUUGUUGCCAGAGAAUUGACUUAAUUUCUCUACCAUAAGCCGCCUCCAAUGUUGUUUUAGAGAAUUUGGCAGUACGUCCAACUGACCUCACAACUGCAGACCACGUGUAUGGCGUUGUGUGGGCGAGCGGUUCCCCAUGGUGGCAGGAGGGUUAUGGUAUGGACAGCCCAAAAUCCUGAGGCCCAUUGUGUCAUUCAUCCACCGCCAUCACCUCAUGUUUCAGCAUGAUAACGCACGGCCUCAUGUCGCAAGGAUCUGGACACAAUUCCUGGAAGCUGAAAUGUCCCAGUUCUUCCACGGCCUGCAUACUCACCAGAAAUGUCACCCAUGUAUGACAGCGUGUUCCAGUUUCUGCCAAUAUACAGCAACUUCGCACAUUGAAGAGGAGUGGGAAAACAUUCUACAGGACACAAUCAACAGCCCGAUCAACUAAAUGCGAUGGAGAUGUGUCAUGCUGCAGAAAGCAAAUGGUGGUCACACUCACACCAGAUACUGACUGCUUUUCUUAUCCACACCCCUAUCAUAUCUGUAUUCCUAGUCAUGUGAAAUCCAUAGAUUAGGGCCUAAUUUAUUUAUUUCAAUUGACUGAUUUCCUUAUAUGAACUGUAACUCAGAAAAAUAUUUGAAACUGUUGCAUGUUGCGUUUAUUUUUGUUUUUAUAUUUUUGUUUAUAUCAACCCGGGUAUUUUUUUUACAUGACAGACAUUAUCAAUCAAAUGUAUUUAUAAAGCCCUUACAUCAGCUGAUGUCACAAAGUGCUGUACAGAAACCCAGCCUAAAACCCCAAACAGCAAGCAAUGCAGGUGAAGAAGCAUGGUGGCAAGGAAAAGAGCCUAGGAAGAAACCUAGAGGAACCAGGUUAUGAGGGGUGGCCAGUCCUCUUUUUGGCUGUGCCGGGUGGAGAUUAUAACAGAACAUGGCCAAGAUGUUCAAAUGUUCAUAGAUGACCAGCAGGGUCAAAUAAUAAUAAUCACAGUGGUUGUCGAGGGUGCAACAGGUCAGCACUUCAGGAGUAAAUGUCAGUUGGCUUUUCAUAGCCGAUCAUUUAGAGUAUCUCUACCGCUCCAGCUGUUUCUAGAGAGAUAAAAACAGCAGGUCUGGGACAGGUAGCACGUCCGGUGAACAGGUCAGGGUUCCAAAGCCGCAGGCAGAACAGUUUAAACUGGAGCAGCGGCACAACCAGGUGGACUGGGGACAGCAAGGAGUCAUCAGGCGAGGUAGUCCUGAGGCAUCGUCCUAGGGCUCAGGUCCUCUGUGUGUGUGUGUGUGUGUGUGUGAGUGCGAGAAUACUUAAAUUCACACAGGACACCGGAGAAGACAGGAGAAAUACUCCAGAUGUAACAGACUAACCCUAGCCCCCCGACACAAACUACUGCAACAUAAAUACUGGAUGCUAAGACAGGAGGGGUCGGGAGACACUGUGGCCCCGUUGGACGAUAUCCCUGGACAGGACCAAACAGGAAGGAUAUAACCCCACCCACUUUGCCAAAGCACAGCCCCCACAGCACUAGAGGGAUAUCUCCAACCACCAACUUACCAUCCUGAGACAAGGCCGAGUAUAGCCCACGAAGAUUUCCCCCACGGCACAACCCAGGGAGGGUGCAAACCCGGACUGGAAUAUCACGUCAGUGACUCAACCCACUCAAGUGACGCACCCCUCCUAGGGACGGCAUGGAAGAGCACCAGUAAGCCAGUGACUCAGCCCCUGUAAUAGGGUUUGAGGCAGAGAAUCCAGGUUGAGAGAGGGGAACCAGCCAGGCAGAGACAGCAAGGGCUGUUCGUUGCUCCAGUGCCUUUCCGUUCACCUUCACACUCCUGGGCCAGACUGCACUCAAUCAUAGGUCCUACUGAAGAGAUGAGUCUUCAAUAAAGACAUUACCGUUGUUGAUAAGCCAUCUGUCAUCAGGCAGUAACUCGGGUCAAGCUAAUUUUAGGUUGUCACUUGUUACCACAGCCACAAAGUCAUGAAGCCAGUUACUCAAUUUCCCUUCUUUUUUAAAAUCAGAUGUAAUAUUUAACCCUAACCACACUGCUAACCUUAUGCCUAACCCUAACCUUCAAUUAAGACUUAAAAGCACAUUUUUGUUUUCAUUAAUUUUUAUAAGUGGACUGGAGGCAGAGUAUGAAAGGGAUAACGAAUCCAGUUGUUUGUGUCAUCCGUUUUGGGAAAGUACCUGCGUAAUUGCACACCCAGCUCACUCCGGUGCUUCACUUUAUCACAUUUGACAUUGUCCGUAAGGUUGAGUUCAUUUGCACACAAAAGAAAUCAUACAAUGAUGGAAAGACAUGUGUGUUGUCCUUGUUAAUGCAGACAGAAAAGAGCUUCAACUUCUUAAUCAUAGCCUCAAUUUUGACCCGCACAUUGAAUAUAGUUGUGGAGAGUCCCUGUAAUCCUAGAUUCAGAUCAUUCAAGUGAGAAAAAACAUCACCCAGAUAGGCCAGUCGUGUGAGAAACGUGUCAUCAUUCAACCGGUCCGACAAGUGAAAAUUAUGGUCAGUAACAAAAACUUUAAGCUAGUCUAUCAAUUAAAAAAAAAAAACGUAUACUUUGCCCCUUGAUAACCUGCGCACUUCUGUAUGUUGUAAAAAGCGUUACAUAGUCGCUGCCCAUAUCAUUGCAUAACGCAGAAAAUACACGAGAGUUCAGGGGCCUUGCUUGAACAAAGUCUAACUUUUUCACUGUAGUGUCCAAAACGUCUUUCAACAAUGGGCAUUCCCUUGGCAGCAAGAGCCUCUUGGUGGAUGCUGCAGUGUACCCAAGUGGCAUCGGGAGCAACUGCUUGCACAUGCGUUACCACUCCACUAUGUCUCUCUGUCAUGGCUUUUGCGCCAUCAGUACAGAUACCAACACAUCUUGACCAUCAAAGUCCAUUUGAUGUCACAAAGCUGUCCAGCAGUUCAAAAAUAUCCUCUCAUGUUUUCCUUGUUUCCAGUGUUUUGUAGAAAAGGAUGUCUUCCUUAAUUGAUUCCCGAUAAACGUAACGGACAUAUACCAGGAGCUGUACCAGGCCCACCACGUCUGUUGACUCAUCCAGCUGUAACGCAUAUAAUUCACUGGCUUAUAUGCGAAGCAGUAAUUGUUUCAAAACAUCUCAUGCCAUGUCACUGAUGCUCAAGAAACAGUGUUGUUUGAUGAAGGCUUUAUCUGUAGUUCUUUUGGCCUUUUCCCCCAGCCAUAACCGCAGCAGCAGGAAGAAUUAAAUCCUCACAAUAGUAUGGGGCUUGCCUGUCCUAGCCACUCAGUGGCUCACCAUAUAAGACACUUCUAGCCCCUUCUUAUUAAUAGCAUCUGUUGCUUUUAUACAUGUCUUACUACUCGAAAGUAAUCUUUAUUCUCACUCAAAAAACUCCUGUGGCUUAUUUUUCAAAUUGUCAUGUUUUGUUUCUAAAUGCCUGCACAAGAGUGAAGGAUUCCCGUCAGAGAGUAACGGUUAAUGUGAUUGGAUGUUAAUUAUUUGACUAGGCUACCUGUACUUGACAUUGUGUUGUUAUUUCGCUGACCACUAGAUGGUUUAAUUUUUAUUUUUGGCAGUGAAACUAAGCUACUCAGGCAAGAAAAAAACCUCCCAAAUGUAUAGCCCAAACCAAACCCAAAUGUAUAGCCCUGUUGGAAAAUAUAAAUCUUCUGUUUGUUUAUAUAUAUAUAGGACCUUAUCUUUCAAAGAAAAUGUGUAAAAAUCCAAAUAAUUUCACAGAUCUUCAUUAUAAAAGGGGUUAAACACUGUU